CACCACAGCGCCCCGCGUGUGGGUAAAGAAUGAGAGAGUACUCAGUUGAGAUGAUAGCUGAGCAAGGACGUGCAAAGGCCAGGAAUCCUUUAAGUAGCACGGCAUCUGUACUGCUUUAAUCAGUAAGAAGAAGGCCAGCGUGUUUGCACUGGUGAAGAGAAAUCUAAAGAUUUAAGAAAUCUGAAAUUUAAGAGACAAACUCGGUGGCUGCUCAUUUGUGGAAGGAAACGCUCCUUCUUUGUCGAAAGUGCAUCUUGGUAAGAGACUCACAUUGGCGAUGUGGGCUCCUGGAACAUCACUGAGGGGAGCAUAACAGAACAAUUCACUUUGGAUCACAGCAUCUCUCAAGAUUCACUUCCCUCCCGUCAUCUCCGCUGGUGAGUCAGACAGGUUGGAUCCUCUGUACUGGGCCUGGAUUCCCUGUGCAGAUCGAGUAGCACCAUGAGUGGGGAACUCAUGAAUUUCAGCAACAGCUACGAAUUAAGUGAGGAUUAUUUUGGGUCAGCUAAUAAUUCAGAUUAUCCAUUUGAGGAGGACACAUUAUGUUCCUUGCAAGAGGUCAGGAAGUUCUCUGGGCUAUUUUUGCCAAUUGCUUACUCCUUGAUAUGUGUCUCUGGCCUCCUGGGCAAUAUUUUGGUGGUGGUCACUUUUGCUUUUUAUAAGAAAGCCAAGUCAAUGACAGAUGUUUAUCUCUUGAAUAUGGCCAUCGCCGACAUACUCUUCGUGCUCACUCUCCCAUUCUGGGCAGUGUAUCAUGCUACUGGCGAGUGGACUUUCAGCAAUGCCAUGUGCAAACUGAUUAGAGGUAUCUACACCAUCAACUUUAACUGUGGAAUGCUGCUCUUGACCUUCAUCAGCAUAGACCGCUAUGUUGCCAUUGUCCAAGCGACCAAGUCUUUCAGACUCCGGUCGCGAACAUUAGCACACCGCAAAUUGAUCUGUUUCGUUGUGUGGGCAGUGUCCAUCCUCAUCUCCGGUUGGACUUUUACAUUCAAUGAGAAAUACAACGUGCAAGACAGCCAGGUCUGUGAGCCCAGGUACCCCCCAGCCUCAGAGCCGAUCAAGUGGAAGCUGCUGAUGCUAGGCCUUCAGCUCCUUUUCGGUUUCUUCAUCCCACUGGUGUUUAUGAUCUUCUGCUACAUGUUUAUUGUCAAAACCUUAGUGCAGGCUCAGAAUUCUAAGAGGCACAAAGCCAUCCGCGUGAUCAUAGCGGUGGUCCUGGUGUUUCUCGCUUGCCAGAUUCCCCAUAACGUGGUGCUCCUUGUGACCGCCGCCAACUUGGGUAAAAUAAAUCGGUCCUGCAGCAGCGAAAAGCUGAUUGGCUACACCAACAACAUCACCGAAGUCUUGGCUUUCCUGCACUGCUGUCUCAACCCCGUGCUCUAUGCAUUUAUCGGUCAGAAGUUUAGAAACUACUUUCUGAAGAUCAUGAAGGACCUGUGGUGUGUGAGAAGAAAGCAGACAUCCCAGGGCUUCUCCUGCUCCAGGCUGUACUCCGAAACCUUCAUCUCCAGGCAGAACAGUGAGACUAUUGACAACGAUAACGCGUCAUCCUUCACUAUGUGAUGUUCCUGGAAGCGUGGUGUGGACAUGCUAACAGACAUGGGGCCAAAAGGCAUGGGAAAUACGGAACUUACACAAAAGCAGGCCGGUGUCUUUCCUGCGGGGUCAGGACUGCACCUGCUCCUGGACUCCAUAAGUCUGUAUGCAGGGUGGUGGGUGGGCUCCGAGAUGUAGCAUCUCCCCAAUUUAGGCGACCAGGGUGCUCGGUGACUCCAGAAACCUUACAGCUGGCAUUCCACAGAACAGGAUUUGGGAAGUUCGGAAUGAAAGUGAAUUGUUUACAAAUGUGAACAUUUUCAGAAAUAUUCACACAGCAGUCGUGGCCCACAGUUUCUUCUGGUCAUAGCAAAAAUCAUCACUUGGUUUGGCAGACUCAAACAGGCAAAAACAAAUGAAAGUCCUCACGCAACUUGUUUGAGGCAGAAGGUUAAAUGUUUUAUCUAUCAAAAUGUUUACCGUUGCUAAUUAUAAGCAGCAUAAUCGACCGGCUUGCUUUUUCUCUCAUUUCCCUAUGAUUCACUGAACGAGCAUGAGAUUGUAAAAGGCAGAGGAAAAGUAAGCUCAAGAAACUCUGCAGGAAGAGACAGAAGAGGUGGAUGGAUAAGUAUUGGUGACAAUCGUCCCCACAGAUAAGGCACUUCAAGUUCUAACGGGCCAAGAGCAAAGUGUGUUUGUUGAAUUUCCUUGAGAACCUGUUCUCUGUAUGGCUAACUCUUCCCCAAAGGUCGGUUGGACUGAGGGUUCUACAAAGAUGGGGGUCCCUCAGCAUACAGAAGGGGCUUAAUAAAUACGUGUUGAACAAAUCAUAAUGAAAUUGGAGUUUAUAGGGCAGUUUAAAGUGUUAGGUGUUUUAAAUUUUUUUAAAAAAUAAACAGAAUACUUUUUUAAAAUAAAGAGCCAGGGAACCUCACUGCAACAAUAUGGAAAGAACCUUCGUUCCUUUUCCACAAUGGAAAUGCAGAAGGAUGGUCCUGUUGGAGGACUCUGGUUAUGAAGAGCUUCAAACUAGCUGGUGGGUAGCCAGCUUCCUGUGGGCUUCUGAUGCUGAUGGUUAGUGCUUUUACCUAAAGUCUAAGGUUAAUUAUGGAAUCAGAUUCUAACCACUCUCUUCAGCGUGGUGGAAAGUUCAUAGAACUCAUAUUUUGCAAGUGCUGUGUACAUAUUUGAACAUAAGCGGAACAGUAUCAACACGUAUUACAAAAACACAGACACAUAUUCAAAAGAUACUGACAUGUUUUAUCCUGACAAACGUGUUACUUGAAACUUUCUAUGUUCUCUCAAGCUUUAACUACGUCUGUAUAUGAAAUUCAAAGUGACAUCUUAGAACUCAAAGUCUGUAUUUUGAAAACAUGGUUUUGGCUUUGCAAAAUAAAACUAUUUUGUGUGUGAA